ACCUCUGUCGGGAAGCCAUCGUCUAAGUGGACUCUUAAAUUUCAGACUAUGAAAUUUGGAGUAAAAAAAAGUCGUGAUAUAUCUAUCACCGCUGCAUAGAUUUUUUUUUUUCACACCACACGGCGGCUCCUGCUCAGGUGCGUGCCUGUCUGCCUCCACCUCCACAAGGAGGCCACCGAUCCCCCCGUCUCACGCCGUGCCCGCUGCUGCGCUGCUGCUCCUUGUGCCGUACGGCUGCCCAGCCAAACCCGCGGCGCCGUAGCACCCCAAUCGAUCAGGAAAGCCCGCGCCGAGGCUUGCUCUGCUCUCUGCUCCUCACCACCUCGCCGCCUCCAAGCAGUUGGGUGCUCCUCCUCCGUUGCCUCUGGCGGCGUGGCGAGCUCAUGCUGGGGAUGACCAAGCUGCUGCUCCAGCUGCAGGCGGCGGCUGCAGUGGCGGACAGGAGGCACGGCCUCGGCUUCGGCCCCGCUCGCCGCCACCAGCUCCCGCUUCGCCACGCGUCCGCCGCGGCCACUGGCAGCAGAUUCGCCGCCUGCUUCGUCCGCUGCCUCCUCGUCCUCGCCGCCGCGGUCACCACGCUCGCACUCGCGCUCACCCUCCACCGCCCCGACCCCGAUCCCGACCCCGCCGCCUCGCCACGCGGCUUCGCGGUGGUGAUCAACACGUGGAAGCGCUACGCCCUCCUGCGUAGGUCCGUCGCGCACUACGCCGCCUGCGCGGGCGUCGACGCCGUCCACGUCGUGUGGAGCGAGCCGCGGGCGCCGCACGAGGCGCUGCGCCAGAGCGUCCUCAACUGCACCCGGCGCGGGAACGUGCGGUUCGCGAUCAACGAGGUGGACAGCCUCAACAACAGGUUCAGGCCGAUCCGGGGCCUCACGACGGACGCUGUCUUCUCCGUCGACGACGACCUCAUCGUUCCCUGCUCCACGCUGCGGUUCGCCUACAGCGUGUGGCAGAGCGCGCCCUCUGCGAUGGUCGGCUUCGUGCCCCGGAUGCACUGGCUUGCUGACCCGAGAGGCAAUACAAAGGAAUACAGAUAUGGAAGCUGGUGGUCAGUUUGGUGGACAGGGACAUACAGUAUAGUUCUUUCCAAAGCAAGUUUCUUCCGCAGGCAGUAUUUGGAUCUAUAUACCAACCAAAUGCUACCAGCUAUCCGCAAUUAUGUGAAUGAAAAUAGGAAUUGUGAGGAUAUUGCAAUGUCUUUUCUUGUUGCAAAUGUAACUGGGGCUCCACCAAUAUGGGUACAAGGAAGGAUUAUUGAGAUUGGAUCGAGCGGCAUCAGCAGUUUGAAAGGCCAUGAUUCGCAGAGAUCGAGAUGCCUCAACACAUUUGCUGCCAUGUAUGGCCAUAUGCCUCUUGUAGCCACCACAGUCAAGGCUGUUGAUGGCCGCAGGAGCUGGUUCUGGUGAUAUGCCUCUUGUUUGGCUCUGUCAUCUCCUCUCUUUUUUUUGCUUUUCCUUAGGCGCCACCUAGCCCAUAUUACAAGGCUAGUUUGCUUGUGCAUAGUUCAUCAGCACCUAAGGACACAGAUUCAGAUUGGAUUGUACACGCUGAAACUGAAAAACACAGUGAACAUCGGAAUUUAUGUGUAAGGAAUUAUCUGUUUA